AUGAGGUCCUCAGCAGAGGAGCAUAAUAUUCAGUUGACGCUUGGCGUCGUUAUAUCUCUGCUUAUUCUUUCCACGGUAUCAUUCGUAUUGCGAAUCUGGGCGCGGUUCGCGACGGGCGCGCGACUAUGGUGGGAUGAUUAUUGGAUGUUUUGGGUGAUGUCAGUUUGUAUAGCUGCAUCGACAUUCGACUUUCUCGGGUUGGUAUAUGGUUCUGGUGUUCACCAAGCCGAUCUACCGGCUUCUACCGUCGUCAUUUUUAUCAGGCUUCUUUGGGUGUACAUGUUGAUAUGGGCCACCGGGGUCUUCUCAGUCAAGAUUGGCAUCCUCCUUUUCUAUUGGCGAGUAUUUCAGAGGACUGCCAGUUUUCGGAUGGGUGCUAUGAUAGUUACCUUUAUCUCUACUGGAAUCUUUCUCUCUAAUUUCUUCACUUUUACCUUUCAAUGCUAUCCGGUACAAAAGUUCUGGUUGCCGGAUACCAAGGGCAGCUGUAUCAACCAGAAUGCUUUCUACUUGGCUUCUGCCAUCAUUAAUGUCUUUGGGGAUAUUGCGGUGCUCAGUCUGCCACUUCCGAUAAUAUGGGGACUACAGGCAUCUAGGGGGAGGAAAUGGUCUCUGAGCUUUUUAUUUUUACUUGGCGCUUUUGUGGUCAUUGCCAGUAUCUUCCGAAUCGUCGCAGUCACGCAGAUAGAUCCAAACGACUUCAGCUUUACGAACGUUGGAGGCGGUCUCUGGAGCACUGUCGAGGUCGAAGUAGGAUUCAUAUGCGCCAAUCUCCCUGCCGUUCGCCCACUGCUUUUCAAAUGGAUUGGAUAUGAUAGUCGAGAUGGGUCAGGAGCAGCACAAAAUUACAAGCUUUCGUCAAAGGGAGGAGCACGAUCGGGCCAUGUUAAACUUCCAAGCAGAAACCGCGAAAAUGAUCACGACAAUUCGAGCACUGAAAUAUUGACUCUGCAGGGCACUUCUAAUGCCGUUGCUUUGUCAAAUACGAACCCUCGGUCUGAUUCGCAAAGUGUUGACAGAAUUGAGCCGGUAGCAAACUCUGACAUAGUUGUUCAAAAGGAUUUCAACGUAUCAAUCAACUCUGACCCCGAAUCUUCGACUGACGGAACAACAAAUCAUUACUGUCAAGUCACAACAUCAAACAACCGUGUACAUCUACAAGGUCCCAUUAGCCAAUAUUAUGGACGCCAAAGUGGAUAAUAUAUGGAUUAAGCAAUAAUUUGAGAUGGAUUGUACGUUAUACAUGG